GAUAACGAAUUAAAGACUCACAUUCCACACCAAACCUUUCUACCAUUUCCAAUAAUGGACGGAACAGUAAGCCUCUGGCGGAGAGAGGCCGUCUUCUUGACGGCAAUGCUUGGAGUUGAAACAAGCGUCGUCGGAAUAAGUACACUGUUUAAAGUAGCAACUUCAAAGGGACUCAACAUUUACCCUUACCUCGGCUAUUCUUACCUUCUUGCUUCUCUUCUCCUUCUUCCUUCUCUUUUCUUCACCAAAAGGUCAAGAUCGCUUCCUCCACUAAGUCUCUCAAUACUUUGUAAGAUUGGAAUUCUGGGAUUUCUAGGUUCGAUGUAUGUGAUUACAGGAUACAUAGGCAUCGAAUACAGCAACCCAACAUUAGGCUCCGCCAUAGCCAAUAUCACUCCUGCUCUUACCUUCAUUCUCGCUGUGAUCUUCAGGAUGGAAAAGGUAUCAUUCAAAGAAAGGAGCACUGUAGCCAAAGUGAUGGGGACAAUCCUUUCAUUAACAGGCGCACUUGUAGUGAUCUUCUACCACGGUCCACAUGUUUUUGUCGCAUCUUCUCUGCCGUAUGUAAACUUCCGUCUGUUUUCUCCAUCAUUGUCAUCUUCAAACUCUGAUUGGCUCAUCCGAGGAGCCCUUUUUACAAUACAAGGCAUCUUCGUUUCUGUUUCCUUCCUUCUACAGGCGCAUAUAAUGAGUGAAUAUCCAGCAGCAUUCACAGUCUCCUUUCUGUACACUCUAUGUGUUUCAUUCGUGACCACGACGAUUGGACUAGUAGUCGAAAAGAACAAUCCAAGCGUUUGGAUCAUUCAUUUCGAUAUUACUUUGAUAACAAUUGUUACUAUGGCAAUAAUAACAUCAGUAUACUAUGUGAUUCAUUCAUGGACAGUGCGACACAAAGGACCAGUGUACUUAGCAAUAUUUAAGCCUUUGUCUAUUUUAAUAGCAGUGGGUAUGGGCUCCAUCUUUCUCAACGAUUCUCUCUAUCUUGGAUGGUACAUGAAUCAAUAUUGUUUUCAUACGUACAUGUACAUAUCUAUAAACAAAAAAACAUCUACUCAUCUUCGAUUUUGUGCNACUCCUGGGUCUAGAACCUGGGGGGUUGCUCCGAGAAAUCCUUUCUUUCUCGUCCACUCAGGGGGGUGCGGACACACCCACGCGGAUUACAGGUGA